AUGGCUGCUGACGGCAAGCCGGAGAACCCCUGGACCGACAGCGCCGCCUCGACGUUCGACGGCAAGCAGUACAGUCAGUACUUUGAUCCGUGCCAGGAGGCCGCUUCCAGGAGCUUGCGCUGUCUCCACCGCAACGGUGGUGACAGAGAAAUGUGCUCGGACUACUUCCAGGCAUACCGCGACUGCAAGAAGCAGUGGAUGGAAGCACGCAAGGAGGCCAAGCGGAAGGAGAGCAAAUCGUUCUGGUGA